AUGGGAAGAAGAGAUGAAGGAGUCAAGAUUCCAAUGCUGUCAAAAAUCAACACUGCCCUGAGACUUGAUGGAAGUGAAGCUGAAGAUGUUGAAGUGCCCAAAAAUCCAUCCGAGUUCACUGAAGAAGAUGAGAAAGAAGUGCACAAGGACAACAAGGCCAUGAACAUUCUGUUUAAUGGUAUUGAUGAUGAUAUGUUUGAUAGUGUCAUUAAUUUCCUUACUGCUAAAGAAGUAUGGGACACUAUUCAAACUCUAUGUGAAGGCACUGAUCAAGUCAGGGAAAACAAGAUGCAGCUAAUCUACAUAGUCAAGGACUCAAAUCUUAAGUUUCUAAGAGCCUUGCCUAGAGAUUGGAAGCCCAUGAUUGUUGCUUUAAGACAAGCUCAAAAUUUUAAUGAAUACUCACUGGACAGACUUUAUGGUAUUCUUAAAACUUAUAAGCUUGAAAUACAGCAAGAUGAAGAACUGGAAAAGAACUCCAAGAAGGAGAAGACUGUGGCUCUUGUAGAUGAGAAGGAAGAAGAAGAGGAGAAGGCAUUAAAAUCUGUAAUUGCUGAAAAUUCUCCAAACUCAAGUUCAAGAGAAAUGCUGUCAGCUCUAGACCUUUCAAUAGAGGAAGUCAAUCCAAACCAUCUGGUAUGGUUGAUAGAUCAAAAUUCAAAAUGCUUCAACUGUGGUCUAGCUGGACAUUUCUCUAAUGAGUGCAGAAGACCUUCUGCUGAGAAGAAAGGAUCUUCUUCUGAAAAUGUAGAUUAUAAAAGGAAAUAUUUUGAUCUACUCAAGCAGAACAAAGAAAAGGCAUUCAUAACUGAGGAUGGUGACUGGGCUGCUGAUGAAGGUGACUCUGACAAUAAAGAACAUGUCAAUCUGGCCUUGAUGGCAAUUGGAGAUGAAGCAGAUUCUACCACAACUAGCAAUGGACAGGUAAAAACCAACAACACAUCUGAUCUUACUAAGACUUAA